CACUGAGCUCGUCAGUUUGCUGCGAGCACUUGUCAAGUGUAGUAGUGCUGUGACGCCACAAUGCCGGUGAGUGUUCCCUUGCCCCAAACGCCCGAGCCGUCCCGUUUGUGACUGCGAGCCUCUAUUUCCGGUGAUACGAGGAAACGGGCUUGUCAUGUAGUUGGAAUUACCUACCCUCGUUACGUCGUACGUCAAUGGCUCUACCCAUCCUGAACAUGGAGCUAGGAAAAAUAACAUCCAAAGUUAAUGCCAUCCAAGAAGACGGAGUGAGCGUGGGAGCCCCGAGGUCGUCCUCCCUCAAGCACUCCAAGGCCAAUGGGUCAACGCACACAUCCUUGGACUCGCGACCGUCGACGGGUGAACCUCCGCCCAAGAAGUCCAACUGGGAGGUCAUCGAACACUACCACAAGUCGGGCUUGGUGGGGGCUUCGAGCCCGAAGAGCCCGCCGGAGGAGGAGCAGCCCCAGGAGGAGGUGGAGAGCAUCCUGCUGGAAGCGCCCAAGUGGUGGAACCUGUGCGCGCAGUGCCGUCGGGUCUUCCGGUCGCACCAGUUCAAAAACAUCCACGUGGAGGUGCUGUACCAGAGGUAUUUCCUGCGAAUGAACCAGUCGAACAUGACCUCUCUCUUGGGCCUGUUGAUCGUGGUGGUGAAGGUGAUGCUACUAUUGACUUACAUAUUAGGCCUAGGCAAGUUCUACAUUCAGGGGAUUAUUCUCGGGACGUUCGCCCUCCUCUACUUUAUCCUGGAACUGCUGCUGUGGCGCUCCAAACUCUUGAACGAGGUCUACCUCAUUAUCUUUUCGUACUUAAUCCUAGUCUCCUUCUUCGGCCUCGAGACCCUGGUGGCGUUGAGCUACGAGCCUCGCACGGCCUCCGCCGGGGUGUGGGCCACGCUCUUUUUCAUUUACAUGACCUACAACCUCCUUCCUCUGAGGGUGCCAGAGGCCACGAUCGGGGGCCUCCUCCUCUCCGUCACUCAGCUCUCGUGCGCUGCAGGUGUUGAUGAGCAGCAUCCUUACUUAUGGAAACAGCUGGUGGCAAACUGCGUGCUGUUCCUGUGUGUGAACGUUGCGGGCGUGUUCACACAUCACGCAGGGGAGGCGGCGAGGCGCCAGGCCUUCAUAGAGACCAGACAGUGCGUUGCCUCCAGGAUCAGCAUCCAGAAAGAAAACCAGCAACAGGAGCGGUUGUUAUUAUCAGUGCUCCCUCAACACGUUGCCAUGGAAAUGAAGUCUGACAUCGCUGGCAUCCCCAAAGACACCAUGUUCCAUAAAAUCUACAUCCAGAGGCACGAGAACGUAAGCAUCCUGUUCGCUGAUAUCUGCGGCUUCACGACGCUCUCCGACCAGUGUACCGCCGAGGAACUAGUUCGACUUCUUAGUGAGCUCUUCGCCAGAUUUGAUCGAUUAGCCGCAGAGCACCACUGCCUGAGGAUCAAGUUACUGGGCGACUGUUACUAUUGCGUGAGCGGAUUGCCCGAACCAAGACCCGAUCAUGCCCACUGCUGUGUCGAGAUGGGUUUGGAUAUGAUUGAGGCCAUAGCGUUGGUGAGAGAGGUGACGGGCGUAAAUGUCAACAUGAGAGUGGGAAUCCACUCGGGUCGGGUUCACUGCGGCGUCCUGGGGUUGCGCAAAUGGCAGUUCGAUGUCUGGUCCAACGACGUCACCUUGGCCAACUACAUGGAAUCCAGCGGCAUACCUGGGAGAAUUCACGUGACGAGGGACACCCUCAAUUUCCUGGGCAACGACUACCGCGUCGAGCCGGGCCACGGCGGCGAGAGACAUCAGUACCUCAAGAUGCUGAACAUCGAGACGUUCCUCAUAGUUCCAGAUGAUCACUACAGAGACCACCAUGCUAAGAAGACCUCGAUGUACAAUAUGAAUGGCAGCGUCAGCAAAGAACUGCGGAUGAUCGGCCACGAAGGACAUAGCAAACAAAACACCAAUAUACAUAAUAAGCUAGGUUUGAGCGACUCGUCGGAUGGAAAAAAUACGGGAGAAGAAGUCAACGAUUACUUAGCCAGAGCAAUUGAAUCGCGGUCCAUAGACAGGCUUCGUACAGAGCACUGUAAAAGAUUCAUUCUAACCUUUAGAAAGUCUUCGGUCGAAGAAAAGUAUUCCAAAGAAAGAGACAAAAUGCUACCAGCUUACUUCAUCUUCUCUUGGAUAACCUUGGUGUGUACGUGCGUUGUGCAGCUUAUCAUAAUUCCUAGGUUUUCUGGGUCGUUGGGCGUCUUUCUCGUGGGGAUUCUCGUGACGACCAUGGUCGUUGUCAUGGUGCUGGCAGAGAAGUGCGAGUGCAUGCCGUCUGGGAUCAAGAACAUGAGCACUGCUGUGGCCACCAGCCGCACCGUCAGCCAAAUGCUGGCUUGCUUCGUGGUACUCAUCCUCUUCCUCUGCUCAAUUACGUCUAUGUUCCUCCUGGACCUGGAGAGUUACCACGACUGCACAACCCUGCAGUAUAACCUGACCACCUUCGCCUCAGAUGAAUUCGGCAACAAAACCACCUCCACCUGGGAGUUCAUGUUCAAGGGCCUCACUGUCAUUGGCCGAGAAGUCAGGGCCUUCAGAGACGCUUUCAACUUUACACUGGGUGAUGAACUGAACCCGUGUCAUGAAGGCCCUACUACUCACUUCCCUGAUUAUUUCACCUACUGUGUCUUGUUAGUCAUGGUCUCCUGUGCAGUCUACCAGCUGAUGUACAGUAUCAUAAAACUACUAUUACUAGCAACUAUCUGCAUUGCAUAUCUGUCGAUGGUCUUGUUCACACACGGGUCCCUUUUCGAUAACCAGGAUAUGCUCAUUCUUGCUAAUCAGGAUCAAGGGGGAGAAAUCUUUGUAACGCGGUAUGUUACUGUGGCUGUUCUCAUCGGGUUCACUGUCGCCUUUUUCAUCCAUGCGCAACAGAACGAAGCCACGUCAAGACUGGACUUCAUCUGGAAGCUUCAGGCUCACGAGGAAAAAGAUGAAAUAGAACACCUCCAGGCAUAUAACAGGAAACUUAUAGCCAACAUCCUUCCAGAACAUGUUGCUGCUCAUUUUCUAAGUGUUGACAAAGCUCCAGACGAGCUUUAUCAUGAAGAAUGUGAGAGUGUGUGCAUUAUGUUUGCCUCCAUCCCCAACUUUUCCGAGUUCUACGUAGAGCUGGAAUCUAACAAUGAAGGUGUGGAGUGUUUGCGCCUCCUUAAUGAAAUCAUUGCGGAUUUUGACGAGCUGCUGAAGGAGGAACGUUUCAAGUGGAUAGAAAAAAUUAAAUCUACUGGAGCCACUUAUAUGGCAGCUUCAGGUCUUACGAAAGCUUCCAGAGAUUUGAAAAAUUACAGCCAUGUAACUGCCAUGGCAGACUACGCUUUGCGACUGAGAGAUCAGUUAGAAUACGUAAAUGAACAUUCCUUCAAUAAUUUCAAAAUAAGAAUAGGUAUAAAUAUAGGUCCAGUUGUUGCAGGAGUCAUUGGUGCGAGAAAACCCCAGUAUGAUAUUUGGGGUAAUGCUGUAAAUGUUGCUUCCAGGAUGGAUUCCACUGGGGAACUUGAUAAGAUACAGGUAACACAAGAAGUGUAUCAAAUAUUACAUAAAAAAGGUUAUCCUCUCACCUGCCGGGGACCAAUCAAAGUAAAAGGAAAAGGCGAUAUGGUAACAUAUUUUCUUACCGGGAAGAGUCAUGAUGUUAUUGAGGAAGACUGUCCUCCUUCAACUCCAAAAGAUGCAUCAGAAAAUCACACGUAGAUAUAGAAUAAUUUUAGAGCUGCAAAAUUACACCACUUCAAUCAUCAAGUGAAGUGACAGAUGUAUAAUUAAUGCCAUUAGGACAAGCAAUAAGUAAUUUAAAGUACCAAGAAAAUAUUAAAUUCUGCAGUCUGGUAGAUUCUGGAUAGAAUUUAUCUAAAGAAACUGACGUGGACUGGAAUACACUGGACAUCCAGUUAUUAUUCUCAUGCCGUGUAUCACUUGUGUAGUAUAUACGGAAAUGUUAGUUUUUUGACAAUGUAUCCCUGUCCUUACUUUCGUCUACUAUUCUUGUACAGUGUGUAUAAAAAAAUCUGAAGUUACUCUGUAAAACCCAUCAUUUCUUUGAGGGUGCUAAUCAGUACAUAAUCUUUCUUGCUCAGAAGAUUAGUAAAAGCUACUUUAUAUAUUAUUGAUUUAUGCCAAAUUCUAGGAUAUAAAUGGGAAAAUAUGUACAUAUUUCCAAGAGUUGAAUUUGAGUGAUUACUGAAUAUAGCUCCAAAAUAUAUUUUCACCAAAAAUGCCAAGUCAAUAAGAAUCAGAAAUAUGCUUUGACUGCUUGAGCAUUUGGUUGUGGUAGAAUUAAAAGUAAUUUAAUUUUUAAUUUUACAGUCUUAUCAAUCUUUUAGAUAUGAACUGUUUGUAUUUUAUAAACAGAAUUUCAGAGGUCUGGAUAAACUAAUCCUUUAUAAUAAUAAUAUAAACAAAUUCUUUUAUUUUGAGACAUGACUAGUUUUUUUAAGUUUCCUUAAAACUACGUGCGUAUUGGGUAAUUUUGAUGAUUGCGUCAUUUAUGAGUUCAAUAUACAAAUGUGGGAUUUUAGUUCAGUCUUCAAAUUAUUCAUAUCAUUUCCAGGUAGAGCCCACAUAUUAAAUUUUUACUAGUUGAGCUACUCUAAUAUUUCUGUUCAUAGAAGUGUUGGUAUAAUUCUGAAUGUGAAGAGUUUAGACUAAAUCAUCAGUGACUAAUUACCUCAAGUUUUAUGUAAGGAUAUUAACUGCAUCUUUAAUGCUCAAAUUUUCAACACACUAUUAUUUUAUGGGGGAAUUUUUCCUUGGUGAAAUUAUAUUCAUCUUUCAUCUUAUAAAAAUAAAUUAGCAUUCUGUUAUGCAAAUGUGUUAAGGUUAUGUACAGUAAUAAUACUUGCUUGGAAAAUUAAAUUUUGAAAAGGGCUUCUGUUACCCUUGUGGUUUCUGCUUAGUUUAUUUAGAUUUUUUUUUAUUCUAGUCAUGCACAAUAUAUCCAUUUUAUGUGCCCAUCAUUUUGUUACUUUUGCUUUUAAUUUACUAAUAAUUCACAGUGGUUUUAGUGGGAAGAUAAAACCAGAUACUUUAUACAGAAUUGCAUUUUUGCUGUUCCUGGUAAUAUAUAUGGAAGAGAACUUGACUUACCUGCUGUUAGUGUAGGAUAUUGUUUUAAGGAGUCCUGUAUGCCACUCUGAACUAACUUUAUGAUUCACAGAAAGUAGAUUUAACAUAUUUUAUUCUCCGAGAGAUUGGAAUUCACAUACUACCUGUACAAAGCAAUGUUCAUUUUGCUUAUUCAUUAAGAAUAACAAGAAUCAGGUGGUUAUUAAAUAGUAUUAUAAUUUGGAUUUUUUUCCAAGCUGAUGUAAUAAAUCACAAGAUUCCAAAGAUUUUUCGUCUACAAAUGUCUAUGUUAAGUGAUGUGAGCUUGCUUAUACUUUGUGCUUAACUUUCAAUGUUCAUUUUCAGAAGCAUUUUACUCUAUUCAGAUUCUCCUUGUGGAGAGCUUUUGUGAAAUGCAUAUUUUAGGUAAUUGUCCAUUAAAUUACUUAUUGCAUAUUCCAUUCAAAUCAUCAUUGAUUUUUAUUUUAAAAAAAAGAAGAAAAGUACAUUUCUGGGCUCGGCCGUGUCGCUCCGUGAAAUAAGUCCGUUUAGCGUUAUUUCUAGUAAAAUAUUGCUAUAAUACCAGAGAACUGCUAAAUUGGACAUGUCAGAACUCUCUGACUCGUUCACCUAUAAAAAAAGGUGUCGGUAUAAACCUGGGGCCCUUUUAUGUUCACUGAUUAGGUUUUGCAAGAAUAUGAUUAUGUAAUCCUGUAUGUACCAGUAACUAAAUUCUUUUGACACACAUUGCCAUUGGUAAUAAAUUAAGGGAGAACAUAGUAUUAUACUAAUGAGAUGUUAUCAGUGUACUUCAUCAUAUUUUUCUCAAUAGUACUGAAAAUAUUUUUGAGGAAUUUUACUGGAUAGCUAAAAAGCUGCACACUUUUGACAUGUACUGUAUUGUACUGUACAUGAUAUUUCUCUCCGUCCAACAUUUUGUACAGAUUUGCUAACCAUGCAAUGCCUGGACUAAACUUUCCAGGUCUGUAUUGUAGUUCAUCAAAUUAUUGAUCAAGGAAAACUGUCUUAAAACCUUGUAGUUGUUGCUAGUACGUACUAUAAACGUUUAACAGAUGUUGUCCACAUAUCACAAAGCUCUACAAAAUUGGAUAUGGUUAUAUGUAGCUUCCACUCCUGAUUUGCACAAGAUCUUCCAGAUAUUCCUUGUCUGUCUUCAUGCUUUUUAGUCUAAAUCUUGUUUAAUUUUAUUAGCACAGUAUAAUGUUUAGAGAAAGGAAAUGUUUUUGUAAGUUAGUUCUAUAUGCAUUAAGGGCUUAUCUUUUUAGCAACCAUUUUUUUGUCAACCAUUUUUUUGUCAUAUUUUUCACCAAUUUAAACAAAUUGCUUUGUCAUAUUUUCAAGCUUACCUACAAUUCUUAAUGUACCAGUAGCAUGAUUAGUUACUGACUCACCCCUGUGCCAGGGAGCCAUUGUUGAAGUACAGUACUAAUAUGCAUUGGUCAACUUCAUGUAAUUCAUAUUUGUAGUUGCAGGAGCAAUCUCUUUAUUACCAAAGUUAUUAUUACCAGGAAUAACAAGAUUUGCCGUAGCAUAUUUCACAGUUAGCUUUGCAUGUAUGUUUGCCAAGAUUUUGAAUGGUGAUAUUUCUCAAAUUCUUUAAGAAUGAUUUAUUGAAUCACAGGGCAUUAUGAAAUCAUUUUAACCUGCUAUUACUAGUUUGUUUUCAUUUUAUUGAGUUGAUGAUAGUAUAUGUGAAGUGUAUGGAGCAUCAUGACAAGAAUCAAACGGUGCAUAGAGGAAUUUUUCCUUGUAGAGAUAAACUCGUCUUUCGAGACAAAGGGCCUCGAAUAUUUUAUGAUCUGCGAAGCAUAUUUUGAUACCAAUGGUAUAACAAAUUUUGCAAAGAGAAUACAGUAUGCCAUUUAGAUUUUGAUUGCCAAACUGUAUGUGCAUAAUAGGUUACUAUAUAGCUUAGAAUAUGUGCCAAUUUUAAUCAUGAGUGAAAUAUUUUAAUUCAUUAUUCACAUUAUGUAACAAUGCAGAGAUAAUGCCUAACUUUGUGUAAUUGGUUGUGAUGUUCAGUAUAUGUUAAUAAGUUUUUAUUAAUCUUAACAUUAACAGUAUACAUAGUGAUAGAAUUUUGACUGAAGGAAAUAAUAAAAAUGUCUUUCGUAUUAAGCUACAGCUGUCAACAGAUCUUUGUAGACUACAUACAUUAGUGAAAUUGGCAGUUUGAAGGUUUCACAAAGUGAUUCAGCACAAUUAGUAGUAGCUUAUAGAAGGAAACAUGUUCACAAUACUUUUUUAUUGUAGCUGAAGUGAAGAGUAAAUUUGUUAACUACUUUUGUAGUUAGGAUAAUACAGUAUUGUAAUACAGUAGUAAUGGAAAGUAGUUAGUUUCGUAACAAAAUUUUAAUGAAGGUCAGGUACAUUGUAAAUAUUACAAUAGAGGCCAAGAAGGGUAAAUUUAGUAGAAUAUUAUAUCCAAGGAAGUGUGCUUUACACCCAAAAUCUGUAUUUCCUGCAACACGUACAUAAUAAUGACCAUUGGAUUUUCUUGUUUUUUUAUUUUUGGAGAAGUGCUUUCUUGCGUCAGUCCAUUGGCAAGACAUUGACAUACUAGAGUACACAGAUUGCCAUACUGUACUUCUCCAAGCAUUAUACAAAGAUUUUAUUUAAACUUGUAUUGAAUUUAAGAAAGAUAAAUCAGCUGCCUAUUCUUCGAAAGAUGCUGAGAAAUGCAUAAGUUAUUGUUUUCAAUUUGUAGUGCAGUACAUACAAAUAGUUUCAGUUGUUGACAUGCAACAGGACAGUUAGAUGGUAAACACUGAAAUGAUAUGUCAUUUUUGAGUAGAAGUGUUUUGACCAACAGCAUUAUGUGUAGGUGGUUGUCAGUAUUAAACGUUAUAUGAUAUGAUUAUGUAUUUGGCAUCAGUAAUAUGGAAUACUGCCCCAGAACUCCCUCCUGUGGUUUUCAAAUAUUACAAAGAUUCUUUAUAACACUGACUGAUUUGUAUUUAUAUAGUUUUGCCACAAAAAUGAAGUGAUGCCAUGAAAUAAAGUGUACUGUAUACAGAGUAGAAGUAAAUAAACAUAUGAGGCAUGUAGUUCAACUGAAGAGAAAACUAAUUUGUUUUAUAAAUGAAGUAAUAGUGGUGAAGUACAUUAUAAAUAUUUCGUAUUCUUUAACAGAGCUGCCAGCUAUGAAAUAUUAGUGUAGAAGAGUUCCACGACUACAAUUUAACUUUGAUAAUUACUGCAGUCACUAUAUCUAGAAGGAUAAAGCAAUCUGGUUUAUCAGCAAGUCUUUAAGGAUGAGGUUGUUAGCCAAGCCCUUUAUCUUGACCCCAGCAUUUACUGAUACACAUUUGCAGGGCGACAGAAAAAUGACCCAUGGACUUAGAAAUUUGAAUUCAUCAUUGCAUUACUCAGCCAAGGACCCACUUUGGCUGACUAGUAUGUAGCAUAUAUGUAUAUAUGUAGUACAUAUAAACACCAGUAUUCCCUCGAUGAACCACAUAGUGCAGUAUACACUAUCUGCAAAGUGAUGUUAUCCACAAGCAACUGCAACCCCCAAAAUUAUACUUGGAUAAAUAUGGUUGGAAAUGCUGCCUGUGUAGAAAUAUACAAUGGUAAUAUUGUUAAUAGUUCAUAUAGCACACUGAGAAAGAAGUAGUAUUGUGGGUAACUAGGUUGGGAUUUGUGGGAGGGCCAGGAAAGCUGAGAGGAUAGGGCUGAAUGGGUCCUCAUCGGCAUGAGAGCUUUCGCAACUGUUAUCGGCUUAAAAUCAUUCUUGAGUAGCUGAUAUAGAUGUGUUAUGACUACAAUACUGCCAGGUAUAAGCUUCACAGGUGGGGGAGCACUUAUGUGCUUUGGGAGCUUUUGCGACUGUUAUUGGCUCCAGUGCAACAAUGCCAUACAUCAUUUUCUUUACCAGGUUCAAGUGGCUGAUGUCAUGACUACAUCAUAGGAGCUUCUUCCUCACAUUGGUUGUAUGCAAAGAUGCCAGCACUUGCUGCAAAGUGGACUCUGCUUUGUCCAGUUGUGUGUUGUUUCCCUGUAAUUGCAUUUUGUAUAGUUGCUGUGUUUACCCUGCAUCACAGUCUGCUCCAUCAGUUUUGUGGCAUAUGUGGGUGUUCCAGCAGUUAUUGCAGGUGCUGUUUUUGCUGUGUAUGUGUGUGGCAUUGUGUAUUGUGUGUAUGGCCUGGCCCCAUCACCUCCCAAGAUGGCUAAGAAGGUGUUGAUACUUCAGAAGAGCUGGAAAUCAUUGAGAGGAUUGAUGCCAGCUGAUCCAUGACCAAGUACACUAUAUUAGAGUGUCCUUGGAGGGCAUCAAGAACACAGCCAGCUUUGGGAAGACAACAUCCAGGAGUGAGGCCUGCAAGGUCAUGGCCAGGCCCCACCAUGAGGAGAUUAAACUGUCAGCCUUCAUCUAGUUUUGACAACAGAGAUCAUCUGGAAUGCAUAUGCAGUGCUGAGUUGAAGGUUGAAGGUCAGUUGCUUUGGUUCAAAAUUCAACGUGACCUUUGUCACCUUUCCAACAAGAAGAUUCCUGGUGAAGGCUUUUGGCAGAAGUUGAAAGACUUGACAAAAAAAGGAGGUUUUUGAAGGCUGAUGAAAAAGGUACAGUAUUUUAUCACGCUUUGCCCACUAACACCUUGGCUGAUGAGAAGGAAUAGAACAACCAGAACAAAGCUCUUGAACCAACACUUGCAUGCUUUGUUAUGUGCAAAUGCCUCUGUUAACUAUUGUUGCAAACAAGUAUUUGGACAUGCAAAGCAACCCUACACCUUGCAUGGGUUGAUGAGUACUUAAGCCUCCCAGUGAUUUGGUAUUACUGUACAAGGCUUAGGCAUGGUUCAUUGUCAAGAUUGUCUCUGGUUGGUCCAUAACCACUUUUGUAAACCACAUUCAUAUUCGCCAUCAGACACAUUACUUGGUUGAAGGCUGUGCUUCACAUCAACAGUACAUCUGUACAUCCUUCCACAACCCAGAUGGUUGGUGACAAAGGUUAUAUUAGGAUCAAGUUUUUGCCUCUUAAAACAACUGCCCUUAUUCAACCGAUGACCAGUGUGUUGAUAUUGCAACAAAACAGCUGUGCUGGAGGAAGUUCCUGGAGGAGGUGAUGGUGGUGUUUGAGGAUGGGGAGAAGGAUCUAUGUAGAUACAGGGGGAGCAGACCCUGGAGAAUCUUCAAAAGUAUUCACUGAAGUCUGCCACCUACCACUCGCAGAUGCUUGGGAGGACGACAUCAUGCACACCUUAGAGAAUGCAUGGCACCAUAUCCUCAAGGGGGAAGAAGGCCUGAUCAACUUUGAGAUUUUGAUGUCGAAAACUGUUGUGGCAAGCUCAUGUAGGUAGUCUACAAUGUUUUUAAGGCUGACAUGAGAGUUUCUGGAUAAUGAUGAUGGUGAUGCUGGCUUCCAGCUGAUGUCCGACAAUGAAAUAGCUGCUGCAGUUGUUGCUGUUGAGCUGGAGAAGGAAGUCAUUAAAGACAACAACAGUAUCGAUGAUGAUACUCAUGCACACCCAGUCCUGACUUAAGUUAAGUAUAUCUUAGAUUUACCAGAUCACUGACCUGAUUAACAGCUCUCCUAGGGCUGGCCCAAAGGAUUAAAUGUUUUUACGUGGCUAGGAACCAAUUGGUCACCUAGCAACAGGACCUACAGCUUAUUGUGGGAUCUGAACCACAUUAUGUAUAUCGAGAAAUUAAUUUCUUCCUCCAAAAAUAAAUUCCUCUGAUUCCGCAUUGGCUGAGAAUCGAACUUCGGACACCAGAUUGGUAGCCAAACGCAAAAACCACUUGUCCAAAGAGGAGCUUAGUCCCAACUUAAAAAAGAUGUGGAGGAUCUACGAUAAAUUCAUUGAACUGACAGAAAAAACCCAAUGUUGACUACAGCUGUUUCAUUAAGGCAGUGGAGUUUGCUGAAGGAGCUUGAGAAUGCAGCAGGUAGUGGUUGUAAAACAGAAUUUUUGUUCUUUUCAUCAGUUUCCUCAAGAGCUUCUUCAAACUUUUGACCAACAUGUACCCAAGUCUAUUGCCAUCCACUUCUUUGGUAAUUUGGUUAUGGUCAUUGAGCUUGGAAACACAAGCCAACACUUCAGCAGUCUUUGUUGACAUGACAGGUUCUCUGCCGCCUCUAUCAACAUACCUUAACACCUCCUCUGACCAGUUUGCCACUUUGUGACCUGAAGGAACAGGAGCUGGAGGAGGAGGAUGGGAAGGAAUUGUAAACCUUAUUUACAAGUUUUUCAAGUCCAGCCCACAUAAAAAAACCCAACUCUCUGUACAGUGUACAGGCGUUCCCCGGCUUACGACAGGGGUUCCGUACUUGAGACACUUUUAAUGUUUUAGGUUUAUUAAAAACUAUGUAAACUGCAUUUUUCAAAAGAAAACCUUCAAAUAUUGAUUAUUUUGCAUUUUUGGAGUAAUAUUUCUUCUGCCAGAUUGGUGUCGUAAGAAUUGUAACCCUGGAAACGUGUCAUAAACCUGGAAAUAAUUUCUGAUUAAUAUAAUUGAAAAGCAUUGUAACCUCGGAAUGUCGUAAGCCGAACCCGUCAUAAGCUGGGGACUGCCUGUAUUUUGUGUUGUUAAUAAGCAUAAAUACAGCACUGUGUAGUGCACAAUUGGAAAAAAGGGUACCAAUUUGUUGUAUUAUAUCUUUAGUUUUUUUUUUUUUUUUUUUUUUUUUUUUUUUUUUUUUUUUUUACUUUAUCCCCAGAUUUCUUGAAUUCUCUUUUACCGUAUCCCCAAAUUUCCAGUAUCCUCAAGAGCCUUGAAUGUAUUAUUGUGGAUAAUCAAGGGAAUGCUUGUGUACACACACACACACACACACACACACACACAUAUAUACCAUUUUAUGUAUUUCCAUAUAUGUGACAUGCAUGUAAAUCCAAUAAUCAUUACUACAAAAUACACGAUAGCAAACAAUUGCUAUUUUAGACUUUAAUUAGUAGAAAUUCUUUAUCUUAGUAAAGACAGCCAUUAGAAAUAGACAACACAUGUAAUAGUGAAGAUUUCGUCAAGCCACUUUUUUUUUUUAUUACCUUGCCAUACCAUUUUCUAUAGAUAUGAGGAGGUAACGUAGUGACCUGCCUUCACCUACAAGAAGUCCAGCCCUAAAGGAAACAAGAAGAGGGAGGGGAAAGAUGAGAAUAAGGGGUGAGGGGGCUGACCUCAAACAACAAUGAAAUAGAACUAGGACUGGUGGAAUUGAGCAGUUUAGAGAGAUGAGCAUCAGUAAUACCUUCUUCAGAGUGCCUUUAUUGGUAGAGUGCUGCUCUAGAACUCUUUCAGGGUAACUUUGGAUUUGACAGGGUGAAGGGAAAUACAUACAUAUAAGGAAUGACAAGCUAAGCACAAAGGAAUUAUUGCUUUCUUCGUGAGAGUCAGUUCAAAUGAAAUAUAUUCCCCACAUAUAACAAAAGUUGUUAGGAAAAGAGCAAGCUUAAUUUGACUAGCAUUCAUGGUGAACAUAAUAGUUCCACAAAAUUUUAAAAAAUAGAUACUGUAUAUCAAAGAAAUCACCUCAUUCUUAUUAAGGUAGGGACUUUUCAAAACUUAGAAGUAGAAAAGUCCUUAAAUCUUUGAGAGCUGAAAUUCUUGCAUUCCUCACACUUGAUUUAGGUCAAGCAUAGUUGUUCGGUAAUGUCACUCUUUGAUAAGAGAAAGAGAUAUUAGGUGUUCCAACUGCAUAUGAUCUCAUGAACGGUAAAAUGUAUUGUUACAUUGUUAAAAGCAGGAAUUUCAUCUGGGAAAAAUAUUUUCCUGUAGCAUCUUCCUUUAAAUUGCCAAGAUAGUACAGCAUUUGGAUUAUUACUGUUAAAUGAAGAGAAACUGUGGAACCACAAAACUUAAAAGAAUUAGCAAUUAAGAAAAAGUGUUUGAUUUACUGUUAGUUUUGUUUUUGCUUGAAAGUAACCUUCCAAUGCCUGAUCUUGCUACGCGAAUCUCCUCUUGGUGGCUACUUUCAUAUGGGCCAUUUUGCACAACUGUAGUACCAUUUGUCAAGUACAGUGUUCCCCCCGUAUUCGCGGGGGAUGCGUACCAGACCCCCCCGUGAAUAGUUAGAAUCCGCGAAUGUUUGGAACCCCUAUAAAAGCGCUAAAAACAGCCUAUUUCGUUAGUUAAAACUUAAGAAAAACCACUAAAAAUUUUCAUACUUGGUUUUUUUAAUAGUUUUAUCACAAAAAGUGCAUUUUAUGAUGAAAUUGAUCACAAGAACCAGGAAUUUGUGGAUAUUUCUCAUAGAAAAAUACCGCGAAUAAUGCAGGGAAACGUUCCCGAGAGAAAUCCGCGAAUGUGUGAGUCCGCGAAUCCGGAGAACGCGAAUACGGGGGGUCCACUGUACUAUAGUCGAUUCACUUAAGGUAGAUUCUUGUUUGGCGGCCUCUGAUUGUCUGGUAGCGAGAGGUAGGCCGGUCACUCAGUGUCUCAUUGUUUUCGUCAGUGGCUUAGAAAACUAGCAAUAUAUUGAUAUUUCUUCAAUUAUCUCACACUUUGCUCAAAAUAAGAAAGUUUUGGUCAUACCAUAUGAUUCGGUAUUAAUUGUACAACUAAGUCAUCUUUUCCUGAAACCAAUAAGAUACAACGGAAAGGAAUUACAUAAAAAUGAAGAGAGAAGCAUUUAGUUCUUCAUACCUGUUUUUAGUUAUCAUCGCAUUUUGCAUCAUUAAUGCAAUCAAGAUAAAAUAAAACUUUUGUUUUAAUACAACAAAUUCACCAUGAAUACGCUGGUGCUUUCAGUUUUUAGAUGCGUGUAAUAUGUGAAGAGAAAAUGAAGAAUAUGUCCUAUUAUGUUGCAUCCGUAAAUGAUUCAAGUUUGACAGUAUUGAUGAGAGAAUGUGCUCUGCAAAAAAUCUGCGCUUGUCGUCUCAGCGAGAGAUUUGAGUUGCCAAUUAGCGAUAAAGAAAGUUGCAGUUUCGACAAUAUUUACGAUCUUACAUCAUUACCUUUACUGUAAAUAAAUACACAGAAUUCACAUUAUGACUGUCGAACAUUUUCAAUCCAAUAUCAUAUAGUAUGUCUGGAUAUAUCCGAUAAGGAAAAAAAUAAUGAUAAUCAGAUGGAUGUAGUAUCUGGUAUCGCUAGCACAGAUCUAGGCUGGCUGCAGGGAAUUCAGUCCAGCAAAGAAGUUGAACUCUGUGGACAGACUUCGAAUAACCACUGGUUCCAUGCAACGUAAAAAGACCAUACAAACAAACACUCUUCAACUCUGCCUAAGCUUUAAUCAGAAAGAGAUAUUAGAGACUAAUUUGAGUUAUAUGAAAUAAUAGUCUCUGUGAACAACAAAGAAUUGAGAAAGAUUGACUUCCUUUCAGGCUGAAUCAAGUAUGGAUGCCAUAUUCUUCGUUUUCUUUUCACAUAUUAUACGCAUCUAAAAUCUGAAAGCACUAGUGUAUUCAGGGUGAUUUUAUGGUUUAAAUUAUCAUGAUCGCAUUAAUGAUGCAAAAUCCAAUGAUAAAUAAAGAGGGGUAUAAAGAAUUGAAUGCUUUGCUUUUACCCCCUUGUAAUUCCUUUGUGUUUUAUCUUAUUGAUUUCAGGAAAAUAUGACUUAGUUGUAUGAUUAAUACCUUAUUCUUUGGUAUGACCAAAACUUUCCUAUCUUUUGCAAAAUGUGAGAUAAAUGAAGAAAUAUAAACAUAUUGCUAGUUUUUAGGCUACAAACAAAAAUAUGACACACUGAGCGACCAGCUUACAUCCCGGUACCAGCCAAUCAGAGGCAGCCAAACAAACGUCUCGUAGGCCAAAGAAUCUACCCUAAGUGAAUCAACUAUAGUGAAUCAUAUAAAUACAUUACUUAACAUUCAUUUAUGGAAAUUCAUUGCCACUGUGUAAAAUGAUGUUGUAUCAGUAUGGGAAAACUUUGAUCAAUAAAAACAUGAGUUGUGUGGCAGUUCACAUUUAAUAGCAAGGAUGUUCGGUUAUGUUACUACGUACUAUUUAGAAAAUCAUGAAUAUAUACGUAUAGUAUUAGCAAACAAAUGGUAUGUAAUUCAUCUGUUAUUCAGCUAUUACCAAAUUAUCUAGCACAAAAGUUGUAGUUUAUAUGUAGUUACAUUGAUAGAUUUCUCCAGUAGUUCUACCUUUUUGAGAAGUUACUUCAUUGUAGUGAAGAAACAAGGGAUGGUUCUGUAACAAAGGUUCAAAUAACGCAUAGUAACUUUUUCUGAUUCUUUGUUACCAUAAUCUUUGCACUUACAUUUCAAAGUAAUCCAGAUACAAAAAUGCUGAUUAACUCUUGAUCUUAUACAAAUAUCAGUUUAAUACAGGUGGCCACUUUAAUGCAGGAUAAAUCUUAUCUGACUUUUCACCUGAUUACAAAGAUGUCCCCCUUUGGUUGUAUAGCUUAUCAGCUCUUCUUAUCCUGACAGGCUUUGGAAAACAUAAAAAGCUUUUUUUUCAGCAGGAAAAUUUAUAUGCAGUGGUUGAUGUACUAAUUUCAUUAUGCUUUAGCAUUUUAUAAAGUUAUUCCAGUAAAAUACUGAGAGGAAUUUGAGAACCUAAAAUAGUUUCCCUCCUGAUCACUUAAAAAGUUAAAAAAGUGGAAGAAAGAAAUUUACAUGUACGUUUGUUUACAGCCAGAGCACCCAAGUAGGGUGGAUUUCCUCACAAAGUUCCUUCACUCGUAUGAGAUCUACAAAAAGAUAUUCAAUACUUUUUUAUAUUUACACAACUGACUCGGUGAUAGUAUUUUCAUCUGGUGUCUUAGGAAGCUGGUACAUGAAGAUGUUAAUUAAGCAUAUCUUCCACAAUGGGAAUGUUGUGAGAUAGCUUAAUGCAAUGGAACUAUUGUUUUAAGAUGUUAUAUUUUUGUAGAAUAAUUAAUCAUCCGCUCUUUCCUCCGUCUUGAAAGCAUUAUUCUCUGUGAGUUGGCAGCUCUGUAUUGCAUAAUAUUACAAUAAUUUUGUUUUGUUUUGACAUUACUUUUGCUCAAAGAGUCUCUCACUCAUAGAUUACAAUUACAUUAUGGCCAGUGAUAGUCAUUGCAAGAUGAAUAUAAUGUAGCUUUUAUGUGGAUCUGAAUGAUUCUGUGUUAAAAUAACUGAUAUAUGUUUAUAAAUGCUUCUACCAUUUUCUAUUGUAUAUAGUGAAUCGCCAUUGCAAAUCAGACUUCACUGAAACAUGUACCUUACUUGGAAGGACAUAGCUCAUUACUGUAUUAUGCCUUCUGUAAAUAUGUAAAUAAGAGUUUAUAUGUGCAGAUAUUCUCUCCUUCGGCAUAAGAUUUAUAGUAAUUUCAUUAGUGUACAUAAUAAUAGACCACUGUAACAUAGAGACAUUAUACGCAUUUUGACUACAGUACUGUAUACUGUAUGAGCAAGGAUAUCCAUUGAAAUAUAAGUACGUAUUAUGUAUUUUUAUUAUGAUGUAUAUAAUGUGGACAGUGAAAAGUCAUAAUUUCAUUGUUCUGUAAAUUGAUUUCUCCAAACAUUUAGCAACUGAUAUUUUUACUUGCAAUAAACUGAAAUUAUACACUAACUGUAAGGAUGUGGCGUGAUAGUUUUAAGUUUAAAUAUUGUCAUUAUUAUUAUGUAUACUGUAGUCACUUCUAAAUUUUAGCUUUAAACUGCUCGUUUGUCAAGUGUUUUGGUUCUAUGGAAAAUUAUACGUAAGCCAUGUUUUCCCUUACGUACAGUAGAUAUUUACAUCCAGUUGUCUAUGGGGUGACUCGAUGAGAUUACAUCCCAUUCAGUGUUUUACGUUUAACAUACGUUUUAAAGUAGUAGUCUCAAAUGUGAGAGUGAGAUGCAAAUACAACAUAGUGUUUUAAUCAUUAAUAUUGUUGCUAUCAGUUGUAUUUUUUAUUAUUGUGAUGUUAUUAGUACUAUUAUUAUUGUUAAUGAUUUUCUAUUAUUGUAGUGACAGAGUAUGCUUCUUUUAUAUUUUAUCAUGUUUGAUUAUUUUGUAUCAAGGGUCAGUUUUAGUUUUCACUUGUAAUCCUAGGCUAAAGAUAACACAUUUUUGCUUUUAUGCACAACUUAAGGGGUGAGAUUUCUAUCCCUACAGAAGGAUGUCAGUUAAGAAUGUGUGGAUUCAUAAAAAGUUAUUACAAGAAAGUGGAGUUCCAUUUAGUUCUUUGAUAUUCUCCUCUGCUGUCAAUAGAAUGUCUAAAUAGAAUUUGAGUUCCUUUAUUCCUCAACAUAAGUGGCUAGUGUUCACAAACACAUCCUAAUAUUUUGUAUCCUUUGUUUGCCACUGGUGGAAGAAAUAAAUCAUGCUAAGUGGCAAAAACAUAUUGGUGAAGCAUUAGCUGUGGUCAUUGAGCAAGGGUGCACUGUCCCAAACAGAAAGAGAAUACGUUCACCAUACCUUUCCAUUUUUCUGUCCAUCAGGAUUUGAUGCAGGUAUUGUGUCUAAAAAUAAACCUGAGUAUUUUGGUACUGUAGUCUUAUGCGUCAUCUUUGUUGAAAAGUUUAGUCUAGGUUACAUCAGAAAUGCAUAUUGCAUUAUUGUUUUCAUUUACACCGAGUUAUUAUGAAGUCAAAUUAUUCAAGUCACAUUCUGUUAAAGAACUGUUGCUUUGCAUGCUUUGGUGGAGGAUACCAACCAUCAUAAUCCCUGUGUGUGAUGAUGGAGGCCAGAUGCAUUCAGCUUGUUAUGCAAUCAAUAUUCCUUCUGAUAUGUCUGAUGAAGGACGCUUGGCCUCUGUUAUUUAACCCCCUAAAAAGAACAGUUUGGCAUCAGGAGACUAAUAUUGAUCAUUUCUCCUUCCAGCUUUGGCAAGGCAUACCACCAUUCAAAAUUCAACUAAACUUUGUUUUUUUUCUGUAUUACAAAAUAAAGACUAGUUUUUUAUGUCAUAGUACACUUCAACUAGUUGCUAAGGGGAAGCUUUUUCUAUCACUGUAUGAUUCCUAGGUUUUCUUCCAUGUCAGUAUAGUAAGUAUUCAGCAGACAGGUAUAAGACAUUAGAUUUUAUUUUCAGAAACAUGCUCAUUUUAUAAAUCAGUUCCCAAAUUUUGUCAUCUGAAAUUUGCAUUUUACUGCAUGUGGAAUGAACUUACAGCAAGUAUCCUUUGGGCCUGCCCUGUGAAAGGUAAAUUAGCUCAGUGGUCUGGUUAUUAAAGAUAAUAAUGACAUACAGCAAGUGAAAUAAUGAGUUACUUCUUAUGGAUAACUUGGUAUUAACUCACCCAUAGUUUGUAUCAUUUGGUAUGGUUUACUUUUCACCAACAACUGCCACAAAGUAUAUAAAACAUGGGUUUGUAUAUUAGAAAGCAUUAAGAUUGUUCUAAAACUUAUAGAUAUUUUGUUUGAUUACAUAACAGAAUCUGUCAUUGUGCUUAAGCCAUGAACAAGGUUAAACAAGCAUGAAGGUUCACCAAUCCUUAAAGGGCAACAUUGAGAGAGCAACAUGAGGGAGACAUGUUGCAUACUUGAUAAGGCUGUCAAAACUAGUCCAUCUGCAAAAGGAUUUCUUGUUUGUUAUUUGUGUACAUACUACUAUAUCUGGUUCCAGUGUCGAGGGGUUUCAUUUUGUUCAGAUGUUUAGAUGAAUUUCCAAUCAUUGUAAAAUACCAAGGUAAAAAAUUAUCUGCUAGUCUGAUAUCAUGGAAAUAUUGUAAUGAUACAAUAGUUAUACUUAUAUGACUGUAUUCACUCACAAAAUAUUAUCUUAUGUUUUCAAGGACCCUUAUUUGCCAUACUUGAAAUUUGGAUUCAGGAAUAAUUUUCUUAAACUAGCUCUUUUGUCAUGUCAGUAUGGAGUGUGGUUAAGUUAUGAUUUAAUGGUUUAUUAUGGAAUCUCCUUUCAUGUCAUAUAUGGUUUAUAUGAUGUAUAGCAAGUAUGGUCUGAGAAAUUGUUUGGAUUACAUCAUGAAUAUUAUCUAUAGCUUUCUUCACAACACUGGUUUGUUUACCUUAAUGCUUAUCUAUUGCACUUUGUAAAAAAAAAAGAGAAAUUUUCUCAGUGACUUGUAAAUUCUGUCUAGAUUUGUGGUUCAUUGUUUUUUUUAUAAUACGUAGUAGUCUCUGGGGCCCAUCUUUGCACCAGUUCUUGUAUUAAAUCUUUUCUUAAAAAGUUUUCUUGCUGGCUUGCUCACAUUUCUUGUCAUGUAAAGAAACUAAGAUACUUCUAGGAGGUCAUUAUCACUAAUCUUGUGCUUAUUUGUUAGAAAGAAAAUAAAGAAAACUUCUUUUAAAAUGGAGGUACUGUUUAUGUGCAGUAAAUUUACAUAAGCCUAUCAAUACAUUUGAGUAUCAUGUAUAGUGAAAGGUAAAAUUAAUCAAAAUUGCCUUGUAGUCUUCGGGUAGAAUACUUGAUUAGCCACACUGCAAAACUUUUAAUAUAUGUAUAUUACUGAAGCUAUGUGAGGUUAAGUAAAAAACAGUUCUUUGUGAAGGUACAUGUGUUGAAAUGUAAUUAUUGUAAGUCAGGAAAAAAGGAGUUAGAAUUUCACUUAUCAUGAAAUAUUUGAUCACAUCUACAAUGCUUGUACACAAAUUUACUUUACAUAAAUACACAUUGCUUUCAUGAUCUGAAAAAAAUGAAGGAUUGAUGUUCUAGAAGAGUUCAUUAAAGGAAUAUUAUUAUUAUUGUUAUUUGGUUAAACUACUAAACAGUAAUAGAUAAUAAUUGUGCAUUGAUAGGCUCUUGUUUUACCAGGAUCUGGUCAUUUUUUUCAGAUUAGAAAAGUUUCAUCAUCACCAGUAAUAUAUGGUUAUAAUGAUGGAGAGCACUUUCUAACAAAAAGUUGUGGUUUUUUAAAGAUCACCGACUGCUUUUUGUUUUCCUUUUAUUGAAAUUUUAUAAUAUUCGUAUUUUAGUUAUUCAAAUGUAUGAAAUAUUGAUAUUUUUCUAGUUAUGCCAGCAUAAUAGACAGGGUUGAAUUAUGGAGUGGAGGCAGAAGGUCAUUUUUGUGGUGUUCACUUAUUAUGUUUGAAAGGAUUUGGAUUACAUGAAGAAGAUAUAUAAAAUGAAGAGGGAUAAUGACCAGCAAAAACUGGCCAAGCUACCUUUACUUACAGAGAUCGAAAAAAUAUUCACAGUGCUUGUAAUCCAUCAUUAUCCAUAGCGUUGAUACUGCUUUAGGUAAGUUUGAACGUUGUAUUAUUACAUUGAAUAUAGGGAACUCACUGAAGGCAUUGAAAUUGUCUCUUAUGCAAGCUGAUUGCUCGCUAUGCUGAAACUCAUAUUUGGUGUUAGGGUCCUUCAGUGAACACUGGAGUUCAUAAAACUUUUUUAUUUAGAUAAAAAUGUGUAUCUUACACCGGAAAUGUCUGCAUAAUGACAGGCACAGUAAAAUUAACUUUUUAAGUAACUUUUAAACUAUCAGGCUACAGUAUUGCUUCGUUGAAUCCAAGUUCCCAGAGGGUACUAUUCACCUUUGUAACUUUUCUUUUUAUAGAUCAUUUGUGUUUUCUUGUAAAAGCAACCUAAAGAGAUGGGUUUAAAAUAUAUACCACCCUUUCAUCCAUAUACUAUAUAUGUACUGUAUAAGGAAUUCCUGGAUAUAUAGGAAAAUGAUGCACUUAGCAUCGAGUGUAGUAUAAGCAGACCACACAUAAAUAUUUUCAUGGAUAUCCUAUAAUGUUGGAAGGUAAAAAUGUUACAUUAUAUAAAUAUCAGCCUCUGUAUUUAGUGAAUAGAUUACAGAAAGUUAAUACGUAAAUGGGACCAUGUAGUUGCUUUUUAUGGGAGUAAAAAUGUAAGAUAAAAUUCAGAGCAUUUUAGUAAGUUGUCAGGAAAUGUAGAUGAUAUUGUCUCUAUCAUUAAUCAUUCUUCUUGGUUAAAAUUAUAUAAUAUUUUUUUAGUAUGCUGUAAUUAGUAUUUACUCUCACCUCACUCUUUCAGUUCAUAUAUUAGAAUAAUGUCUCCUUUCAUGUAGAUAUUGUAUAUGUAGUUUCAUUUCUGUGUAGAUUACCAAAAACCAAAUCUGAAGUGUACAUGUUAAAAGAUACUACCUAUGGAGUAUGUGUACUGUCAUAUACUUUAGAGAGGAUAUUUAAAAGCUGUGCUGCGGUUUUCUCCUCUUCAUACACACUUGACAACAAGGGCUUCGAUCCUUUCCUUUUGGCGCUGAAUGUUUUCUAGCUCCCUGGUUUCUGUAAUUAUGUAAUAUGCAUAUAUUUUUGUAUACAUUAGAUCAAGUUGAUAUCAGUAUUGUCACCUGUUUGCUUGUCUUUCACUUAACUCAGCUUACAACUCUUUUUCCAGAAAUUACAGAUAUGAUUUAAAUUCAAGUUACUGUGUCGCAUUUUAUAAAUGUUACAAAACUGAAUGUUGAAUUUAAUUUAUACCAAGGGAGUGCAUAUGCCCAGCCAUGCACUGGACCUGAGUUUGCAGGCAGAUAAAUGAUUACUGGUAAUUUUUGUUCUUUGAAAUUUGUAUAUCAUAUUCUGCUACAAAAUAAUUUAAUAUUUUUUGUAUUUUAUGUAUGUUAAAGAAUGUGUAAAUAUGAGAAAGUAUUGUAUCUUUACAUUUGUCCUCAUCCAUUGUCUUCCUAUUGUUUAUGUACGUACUGAAGAAUUUAUAGAGAGAAAUUUAAACAAGCAUAAUUUUUUAAUGGUUACUGUAUUGUAGUUUGGGACAUGAUUUGUAUGAUAUUUUCUACUUUGUACUUAUAGUUCUUAUAUUUUAGUUCUCUUCCUUCACUGCUUUCACUUACCACCAAUGUUUUCACUUACCUUCUAACUUUUAGUGACAAAUGUACAUAGUGCUGAACUUUUCCAGACGCUAUCCUCUUCAUAGAAUUCUAUCACUUGAAGAAAUAGAGCGGCUAUCCAAAGACAUGUUCCAAUCCCCAGAAUGCUAUAUGUUUAAGAUAAUUCAUAUGGAGAUAUAUUUUAUUAUUUUUAAUGGUUCAUUAUGGCUUGGUUGAGAUUUUGCUGGCAAAGCUGCGAGUUUACAUCACAGCAGCAUCAUACCAUUCAUUCUUUACUACCGGAGACUUUUUGAUAUUUAGAUUUCCAGGAAGAGAAUAGCAUAAAAGAAAUCCAGGUUCUGAUUGUAUUAGUCCCAGAAAUUAGACUACUUUGAACUUAAACAUCUAGCAAUAAUGCUGAUAAGCACUUUGAUGUAUUAAAAAUGUAAACAUUUGCUAUGUGUUGUUCUGCAGAUGUAUAGUACUGUAAUCAGUUUUUAUACAUUUCAGAGUACUAUAAUAAUAACAAUAAUAAUGAUAAUAAUAAUGUGAAAAAAAUUAGCAAUCAUCAGUAAAAUCUCGUGGCAUAUUAACCAGAAGCCAGUUUGGUUUAACCAGUUUGAAAUCCAGUAUAGUAUACUCUUUCAGAUGUAAUCUUCUUGAUAUUCAUUUUCUCCCUUUAAAACUAGAAAUGCAUUUGUGCCAUUGGAAUUUGCUUCCCUCAUUUUUCUGACUGUAUGUCCAAUAAGUUGCUUAUUAUUCAGAAUUGGCAGGAGACUCAGAGUUCAUCAUCUUAAGAGUUCUUGUUCCAGUACAAUAUACUUAACCAGAAAUUUUUAAUACAUUCUACAGUAUUUACUAUUAAAAGUUUUCUAUGUAAAAAAAAUUCAGUUCUGUGCAUGAAAUGAAUGUUUGGAGUUAGCAGCUAUAAGAAUAAAGCAGAAUAAAAUACCAGGAUGAUGGUUAAGAUUAUUAUAACAAUUAGAUGUUAGGUAUUUAUCAAUAUUUUUUUUACUGUCCUUCCACCAAUGGGGCACAAUUGAUAGCGGACAGAUAAUGAGAUUGCUUAACCCGCUUCUAUUAUCAGGCAAUCUUAUGGAUUUUGAGUUUAUUUUUAUUUGUACUUGAAAAUGGCUCUUCAUUUAGGCUUCAUGCUCGAAUCACAACUUCCAUCACUGCCUGAAGGCUGUUUAAAAUGCAUGUCCUUAAUCAGAUUAGCAUGUUUAUACUUUUGACCCUGAAUGGGAAUGUAACUGCAUUCCGUUACUUAAGGAGAGUAGAGUUAUGGAAGUUCUGUACUGAUGAAUUCAGGUCUUGCACAAAGCUUUGUCAAAUGGUGCAGUUGAUUUGCUUAGAAGUUUGGUUACCACUAGAGAAUGUUGCAUGUUGCAUAUAUUAUUUAAGAAAAUUAAGAGUACUUUUGAGUUAUGUACUACACACUAAUUGCUAAAGUUUGUACUUGAAUGUUGUACCUAAUAUUUACAGCUUUCAGUUUGUACGCUAUAAUAGUUCAUUUUAGCUUAAAGGAAAACCAGUUUUCAUGAGUAUAUGUUCUCUCCAGUGAUGUCAAAACUAGCAUUCAAGAUCCACUGGGAAAGUAAUCCAUUUGUUGAUAACAUGUACAGCUUUCAUUGGAUGACCAUCUUUCAGUGAUAAUAAACAGCAAAUAUUUAUAAAACUGAUCAUCAGAAGUUUUUUACACUAUUUCAGAUAGUGUGCAGUAUAUUGUCUUCAGCUUCACCCUUCAUUCUUGCGUGUGGUUGAGGGAAGAGGGUGAAUAGAGUCAUAAAAUAUAAGAAGAGUCCUUUGACCAGUAGUCAUCCAAGAGAUCAGUACACGAAAUUAACAAAAAUGGGAUACAGAAAGCUAUGUGCAGUUUAGAUCUUGGCGAAUAGGCUGAUUAUUAUUAUCAUGUUUUAAAACGUGCAUAUACUCCCUAUCUAAGAUACUGGGUAGCAGAAUGCCUCUGUCUGAAAAGCAUAAUUUUGUUUUGUAAAUUUUCAUCCUAUACUAUUUAUUUUCUUCUGUGACUUUGGGUUUUGUCUGAGCAAAAAUGUGUCUUUGUACAGUGCUUUUCCAAAGCCCUUGUAUCUGCAUAGUAUAUCAAAUUUCACCUUCCAAAUAACUGUUGCCUAUUACAUCAAAAUAUGGUUACUGUAGAUGUUCUAAAAUUGUAAAUAUAUAUAAAAAAAGAGUAAGAUUUCUAAUGCAAUUCUCUUAGAUUCAUAAACCUAAGGGAAUAGAACAAGACAGGAGAGGUGUAUAUUUUGAGAAAAAUAAAGUAUAUGAGAAUAUAAGAAAAUUAUGGGAUUCCUUCCUUUUGAUGUUGUGCGUCUCUGUAGGCUUAAUUUUAUAUGUAAGUGUGGUGACUUUAAACUAUGAAACCAUAUGGUAAUGAGGCAUUUUGGAAAGUCAUACCCACAUUUAUUAAAGGCAUAUUUUUGUACAUCAAAUGUAUGAAUAUAUUCUAAUGAUAUGUGUUUUCCAAAUAUAACAAAAAUAAAGUAUAGUAUAAUACUAGUCCUAUGAAAGUAACUCCUUUCCAUCCCAACCCACUGACCUUAUGUUCCUGUAAUGUGUUGGCUCCAACAAUUUCUGAAUAAAUGGAUACAUGUAUCCAAAGCCUUA